UUAUUUAAUGACAAUGUACAGUCUAAAACAAGCUUCCCAAACUACCCGCAAGAUGGCAGUAGUUAUCUUUGUUUGAGGCGAGGCGUCCCUCUAACAUGCAAUAGAGGAAGAUGCAGGUACGAUGAUGGUUCCGGGUGGUGUUGUUGCUUCUUGUGCAUGCAAAGGUAUCCGGCGCUGUCUUCUGUGUGAGACGUUAAAAGAAAGUCACUUGCCCGAAAAGAAGAACGGGCAUCUUUUCUUCUACGACCCCGAGACAAAGCUCGCCGUUUGCAAAGAUGGCGAGCCGGCGUCGUUCCCCUUUCCCGGAGUGUUCCUGUGGGAGGACUUCCUAUCGGAGGAGGAGGAGAAGGAGCUGAUAAGCAGCAUGGACCGGGACGUCUGGAAUCUGUCCCAGUCGGGUCGAAAGAAACAGGACUUUGGGCCAAAAGUAAACUUUAAGAAGAAGAAAGUGCGUCCCGCCAGUUUCAGUGGCCUUCCUGCGUUGAGUGAAAAACUAGUGCUGCGAAUGCAACAAGAGGAAAGUCUGGCGGGCUUCCAGCCUGUGGAGCAAUGCAAUCUGGACUACCACCCUCAGCGCGGUUCUGCCAUUGACCCUCACCUGGAUGACUCCUGGCUGUGGGGGGAACGCCUGGUCACUGUCAACAUGCUGUCCGGCACCACGCUGACCAUGUCGUCAGAGCAGGGUCUCCCGCAGCUGGGACUGUCGGGCGAAGUGAACGUCGCCGUGGCGCUCCCGCGCAGGUCUUUGGUCGCGUUGUACGGGGAGGCGCGGCAUCGCUGGAAACACGGCAUUCUCCGGAAGGACCUUCGGGAACGCAGAGUUUGCAGCACCUACAGGGAACUGUCGGCCGAGUUUCUCCCCGGUGGGCGGCACGCCGAGCUGGGAUCUCAGCUGGUCAACAUCGCGGCGAGCUUCAAUGGAGCUCCUGUUUAGACCAUCCACACAACCAUCCUGGUUGUUCUAAAAACUAUUUGUCGCUAUUCUGUAAAAAUGCCACAAAGUCAACUCAGUUAAUUUUCCACCUUCAAAUGUAAUCUCAAAAGCCCCUUUACACUGCCUGUAAAAGCCGGCCUAUUUCCGUGAACCAGUUUUAUAUACAUUGGAUAUAAAAAGUCUACACACCCCUAUUCAAAUGCCAGGUUUUUGUGAUGUUAAAAAAAAAAAAAAAAAAAAUGAGACCAAGAUAAAUCAUUUUGAAAACUUUUUCCACCAUUAAUGUGACCUAUAACGUGUACAACUUUUGAGGAAUUGACAACCCCACAGCCCAGAUGUAUGAAGAAGACAGUAGAUUGUUGUCACAUACUAACGUGACAGUACUUGCCAGAAAUUGCUGCAGCUUCUUCAGUGUGCUGUCAGCAUCUUGGUAGCCUCCCUGACCUGUUUUCGUCUCAUCUUUUAAUCAAUCGCGGAGGGAAUUCCAUACCAUAUUUUCUCCACUCGAUGACGACUGUCUUCAAUGUGUUCCAUGGUACAUUUACUGCCCUGGAAAAUCUUUUAUUACCCUUCUCCUGACUGAUACCUUUGAACAAUGAAAUCCUUCUGCUGCUGUGGAAGCUCUAGGCAGACCAUGGCUUGUGCUCUAAGAUGUGACUACAAAAAUGUCAAGAAAAUCAUACUUCUGAACUUUGUGUGGUUAGCCAGAGGCACACUAAAUGAUGGCAGUUGUGUGCUGACUCACUAUUAAUGUGAGUGGAUAAUUCUGAACACAGGCACAUCCCUAAACAGCGUAACAAUUUAAAAUUCAGCGCUGAUGCAAAUUUUUGGGACAUAUUUGACAAUAUUUUGUUUCAUUUGUUUAAGGCACUACUACAGUAGAGUGCGGUUUGCCUUGUCAUAUUCAUGCCGCUUUUUAACAUAACAGCCUAUCUCUUUUAAAUACAGGAACCAAAGUGAAGUUUGACUCAUUCAACGCAAUUUGAAUUGUACCCUAACAGCAAACCUCUGUUCAAAGAUUAUGAUUUCUGCAUUGACAAUGUUCUUCCAACUUUUCAACCAGCUCCACCUUUUAUAGCUACAUUAUUUAUAUCAUAUGUAACUUUUCAUAGUUACACCUCCAUGCGCAUCUGUUUGAUAUCAAUUCUACUAAUAUUUUUUCAAAUAGUGACAUUAUUUUGAAGUCAGCGUACACACGUGACAGUUUAAAUGAAAACUAGGUUGAGUUCAUUGCGGGUGGUUCAUAACAUCGAAAAGUCAUUUUAAUUAUUUGUGGACUUUUUCACUUUUAUGUAAACAAAUUAAAUCAGUACUACUUUUACCAGUCUAUUUUUUUACACAAGUAUCUAGUUCUAUCGGUACAGAGUGUGAGUGCUUUUGCCACCUCUGCUGACUAAUGUAGUAGUAAAGUAAUAAGGUAUUUUGCUCACUGUUUAUAACCUUGAAAUGUCAUGAUUACAAUAAAUAUUUGUAUAAAAACA